GAUUCAAUCUUUUUAUCAUUUUCAUGAAGAGUUCUUGGAAAUUUUAGUCAAUAAUCAUCAUCAUCAUCUCAUUGUUAAAUAGAUGUUUGGAUUUUUCAAAUCUCCGGGGAACAAUAAACUUCCCAAUGAAUCAUCAAACAACAAAGGAGGAACAAUCACUGCAGGAAGAAGGACUUCUUCAGAACCAAUCCUGGUAACACCUGAUUUCGAUGAUGACGACAAAUACAAGAACGGUUUCAGCGAUUCCGGUGGUUUGCAGAGCCAAACGACAGAAGAAUUAGAAAACUACGCGGUUUAUAAAGCUGAAGAAACAACCAAAGGUGUUAAUAAUUGUCUAAAAAUCGCUGAAGAUAUAAGAUCGGAUGCUACAAAAACGCUCGAAAUGUUGCAUCAGCAAGGUGAACAAAUCAACAGGACUCAUGUUAUGGCUGUUGAUAUGGAUAAAGAUCUCAGUCGGGGGGAGAAGCUUUUGAAUAACUUAGGAGGAAUGUUUUCAAAGCCAUGGAAACCAAAGAAGACUAAAAAUAUCACAGGACCUAUGAUCACACCAGAUAAACCGUCGAAGAAGAGCGAGAAUCACAAAGAAGAACGAGAGAAACUCGGUUUGGGUGCGAAAGGUCGAUCGAGCAGUCAACCGUCAGGAUUAGGACAACCAACAAACGCGUUGCAGAAAGUUGAGCAAGAGAAGGCAAAGCAAGACGAUGGACUUUCAGAUUUAAGUGACAUAUUGGGUGAUCUUAAGAGCAUGGCCGUUGAUAUGGGAUCUGAGAUCGACAAGCAAAACAAAGCUCUUGAUCAUCUCGGAGACGAUGUUGAUGAGCUUAACUCUCGUGUUCAAGGAGCUAAUCAACGCGCACGUCAUUUGCUUUCCAAAUAAGCAAACACUUUCCACAAAUACUAUUGUCCUUCUAUGUGUAUAUAUUAUAUGUAUCUUCUCUCUUUUUUUACGUUCGUCAUUUGAGAGUUUUUCUUUGUUCAUUCUUUGCUAUGAAAAUUGUCAAUAUUAAAAGCAUUUGAUUCAA